GUUUGCAUUAGUGCAACGUUUAAACAUUCGAAUAAUAUUGCCAAAAUAUUUGAUAGUGUUUUAGACCAAAAGAAGAAAGCGUUUGGACAGGUCGUGCUCAUAGUGCGGACUCUCUUGUUGCAUUCGCUUGCUGCGUUUUUCGGCAGCUCAUCUGUGUGGUGGCACCCAGUGAAGGAAGACUAGUAUAGUGGACUCUCUUAGUGUGGUGUGUUUUUGGGGCUGAACGGCAUCAUCCUAGUAAACCUAGGUGAACUUGUUGCGGGAAAGCCAAACGAAGCCAAGCUUACUUUGUGUGCAGAGACUUCACGUGAUACGUGAUAGGGUGGUGUUGAAAAUAACGUGUGCGGAAAUGAACUAAGAAAACGUUUUACUAAGGUCAGCUAGGACGAAAAAUGUGCAAUUUUAAAAUGUUUUCAAUUUAAACUGUUUAACGAGUGAGUGUCACAAAAAGAACUGUUAUUUAUUCAAACUAUCUGAACAACUAGAAGCAUAAGAGAGCCACUAUUACAUAAAAAAUAUAAUGUAGUGAAAAAAAGUGUAACUGGAAAAAUAAAAAGAGUAACUGGAAAAUAUUUCGAACCAUUUUUAUAAGUGGAAAAGGACUGCAGCACAGCUGAAAGCAUUCCGACGGUGACGGUGAGGUUCGGAAAAUAACCUGCACGAUGGUGGACACACAGCACUUUUGCCUGCGAUGGAACAACUAUCAAAGCAGUAUCACCUCUGCUUUUGAAAACUUACGCGACGACGAAGACUUUGUCGACGUGACGCUGGCCUGCGAUGGGCGAAGCCUGAAGGCUCAUCGCGUCGUCCUGUCCGCGUGCAGUCCCUACUUCCGGGAACUGUUGAAGAGCACACCCUGCAAGCAUCCAGUGAUCGUACUCCAGGAUGUGGCAUUCACAGAUCUCCACGCACUGGUCGAGUUCAUCUACCACGGCGAAGUGAACGUGCACCAGCGAUCUCUCAGCUCCUUCUUGAAAACGGCUGAGGUGCUGAGAGUGUCCGGACUGACGCAACAACAAGCCGACGAAACACACAAUCUAGCACAAGUACAAACAUCUACUGGCUCUGGCAACCGGACGCCGGUUGGUCACCACCAUCCCAGCUACGCGGAUAAGCUGGUAGAGGACGCACUGUUUGCGCAAGGUGUCCAAGUUCCGGCCUCCCACCUGAACAGCCUGCACCACAGUCCGGCAGCCCACGGUGGUUCCACGGUAAAUCAGCUGCUGAGAAGGGCUGCGGCCGCUGCCGCCCUCCGGCGCGAACGCAACAAUUCCAACCAGUCCGAUGAGCUUUCGCUGAAGCGUCAUCGAAUGUCGACAGACAACAACAUUCUCGGCAAUAACAACAACCUAGACGUGGUGAGUCACAUGCCGCAAAUAACUGCGACCGACUUCUCAACGAGCAUGAAAACAAACAGCAGCGCUCCUCAAUCCCCUCACAUUAAGGAGCAACAUCGGCAUGAUAGCAAUAAAACACCCAACGGCAACAACAACAACAGCAUCAAUAUCAACAACAACACAAACAAUUUAAACAACAACAACAAUAACAACAACAACAAUCUGAACGCCCACAGUAAGGACAUUUCCAAUGUGGGUGGUGACCAAUCCUGCGGAAACAUGACCGGCAGCAUAGCGACGAACGGGGGCAGUGGCGGCGGCGGUGGAGGGGGCAGUAUGGGCUCCAACACUGACAAGGAAAGCCUCACACCCUCCCCGUCCGUGCGCUCCAACGACGACGUCAAGUCGGAACCGAUGGAACUGGUGUGCAGUAACGUUGAACAUGACAACAGCUCCGACUCGAUCGUUGAUGAGCAGCACGACAUGCAGCACCCAGUGGACAUGAAGGGACCCAUCAAUUCCCCGCGUGAGGACGACAUGGAUAGCAGCAUACAUUCCCACACGGCGCCUCCGUUCCUUAUCUCGCCCGGAGAUAGCAAGUUGUUUGCGCCGCCCGGGUCAUUCAACUUCUCCAUGGCUGCCUUGGCGGCUGAUCCUGCUGCACUUGCAGGUUUCAACUCACAAGCGCUACAAGCUGCAGAACUUGCUGGUUCACCGCAAGGACAACAGGGUAACGUAUCAGGAGCAGGUUCCGGAGUACCAUUACGCAUGCCACCACCCACCAGUGGCGGGAUCAACGAGCCCCAGGAAUGUCCCUACUGUCGACGAACGUUUUCCUGCUACUACUCACUUAAACGACACUUUCAAGACAAACACGAGCAGAGUGAUACUUUGUACGUGUGUGAAUUUUGUCACCGCCGCUACCGGACCAAAAACUCCUUGACGACGCACAAGAGCCUGCAGCACCGGGGCUCCAGUGGAAUGCUGAAAAGACUUCUCAAGACAUCCGCCAUCAAGAACGUCCUCGGUGGGGCAGGGGCGGUCGGCGUGGGUCCCAACAAUAACUCAGGUAUUCAUCACGGAGCUAGCCAUCCGCGGCCACACCUAUUUGACUUUGCCGCCGAGCUCGGUCAGCCACCACCAGGUAUCCAGUAAUUUCCCUACACAGGAUCUCUCGAUCACCUCCUUCGAGUAAGAUCCUUCUCUUCUGAUCCUGCCCAAGCUAAUACCAGCCAGCUAGCAUCAUCAACAGAUAGAGAGAAACAAACAAAACAAAAACAAACGCAUAUGCAGCUAAGUCAUCCAUUUUAGUGUAUACAAUUUUAGCAUAAGUAACUGGCAGUUUGUCAAUGUCUAAUAGUUGUCAAGUCUCACACACAUACAAACUCACACAUACACACAUCAAACACGUGCGGGAUCGUGAUCCCACGCAAGUGGUCCACCUGCAUAUCUAUAUGGGUUUUAUUUCUUGCUUUGGUUUUAUCUUAAGCGGAAUGAGUUGAAAUUAUUCGACACCUGUGUGAAAUGGCAAAUGUGCAAUAUAAUUAAUUGAUGAAAUCAAAACUCCAUUUUAAGUUUGAUCAAAAUUUGGUCCGUAGGAUAUUUUAAUAUUGUUUUUUAAUGAUUUUUUUGUAGACCGAAAUCUUUCUCAAUAGUUUUUUUCUCAAAUCUCAAGGGUUCUGAUCUAUUUCAAAAUAUCAUCUACUAGCGUUUUGUAAAGAUCGGUUAUCCGUUUAAAUUUACUCAAUUUAAAGUUCAAUUUUCGAUCAUUAUCAGCUGAAUUUCUUAUAUUUCAGAUAGUAGUUUAUGCAACAAGUUGCAAAAUAAAAGAUUUUUUCCUCACAAGUGUCGGACUCCAAAACAGUGUCGAAAAAAAUAUAAGUCUAUCUUUCUUAAUUAAAGGUAAAAAAUCGUGUUAAAAGCAUGGUACAUUUGAAAAAAAAAGUUUCAAUCUCUACCUCUAACCAAUGAAUAUUUAAAAAAUCAACUAAACAAAAAUGAACAUACGGGACAAACGAUCUUUACAAACUGCCGGUAAAAAGGCAACUUCUGAGAGAGAAAAAAAUACAAUAAAAAAAAACUAUUGAAACAUUCACUGGCUUUCUGUAAACCGUACUUAGCAGCAGGCAUUCGUAAAACGCAGUAUGCUUUGCGUGUGUUGUUUCACCAUAAGCAAAAGCUGUGAACCUUAUUCCAGUGCUAGUACAGGCUUAUCCAAGCAACCUGGCCUACCACGAAAGGACUGCAUUGUUUAAUUUCACAGUUUAGUUUCCAAACAGCACACCACACGAACCGGCAUUUCGACGUUUUGAUCAAGCUGAGUGUCACACUUUCAAAACAUGUGUGCAAGCAACAUAUCAAUUGAUUAAGUUUGUUUUAAACACUCUCUAAUGCUGGUUCUCGGAUUGAAGUUACAGAACGACCUUGUUUACUUUCAACCGAUUCAAAUACACGUUUUAAAUUAAGAAUUCUUAAAAGAAAUGAAACUGUGAUUUGUACAUUUUAACAAAAAAGAUAAUUUUUAAUAUUACUUAUUUUGUCUAUCCCGACUGUAGAUGAAAGUAAUAGAAAAAAAACUAUAAAAUUAUUAAACUGAAAAGAACUGAUUAGAUCAUUAUUAACUAAAUUUUUAAAAGCAAGCGAAAUGGGUAGAAAACUUUUAAAGAAAAACAAAUCGGAAAUACUGUAAGUGAUUUUGGCUGCCAAAGAUACUUCUCGUUUGAAUAAAAAAGUCACAAUUUAGCACUUUCUUUUCGGAAUUAGACAAAAAAUAACACACCUGCACCCACACAGAGCCAGAUAAGCCACAAACAAGUAAGUUGAACAGUCAAACGGCAUCGUGGAAACUCACAAAACAACUUUACACAGAAUGUGCCAUUCAAAUAGAUAUUAUACAGAACCAAUCCCAAAUUUUAUACAUUUUCUUCCCAAGUGUUUCCGGACACUGAAUGGACUCAUAAUCAUGGAAAACGCUUGCAGAAUCUGGUCAGGCAAGCUACACGUUACUAACCAAAUUUCAAUUAAAUCACAUUAUUUUAUUUGGAAAAUGCAAAAACUAUAAAACAGCAUUUUUUAAAAAGUUUUUGCGAGCGUUUUCAUGAAGUGUCUUCUGACACCUGUAGUUUCACAGCAAGGAUUUAAAUGGUUACGCCUCAACCUUAUCGAAAUCAUCCAGUUUAAAAAGAUCGGAUCUAAUGUGCCAAAACGCGAUGGUUGAAAUCUAACCAGAUUUGUAGGUAGAAAUCUUUAAAACUCUCCUGCGGUGAAACAAUCCAUUUAUGUAUGCCAAUAUAUCAGUUACUUCUCAUCUACAAUAAGAAACAUCCAGCAACAAAAACAACAGCAAACGUGUAUACAAACAAACAAUAGGUCCACUGCAAACGAGCACUAUUGUCACUAAAUGUUGUACUACGAAAGAGAAUCAUACAUCAUCAAAAUUAAUGAAAAUAUCUUUCAAAACAUAUCUCGGCUCAACUUUUACAUUUUUUACAAAACAAAGAAAUCAUAUUUUAAUAAAAGGUAAUAAAAUUAAAAUAAAACUCAGUAUUAUAACUUUUAAACUAAUGUUUUACAUUUAAAAAGAUUUAAAGUGAAUCAAACAAAUUUAAAUAUAAAGUGUCAUUUAAUUUGAUAAAUAGAACUAAGCAAAAUACGAAUUUAUAAAUGUAAAAAUAAUUAAGAAAAAAAAGAAUUAUUUAAAGACAGAAAAUUCAUAUGCUGAUAGUUUGUAGCUCUGUAAGACUCUGUUAAUUUUACAAGUUAUAUAGAUAAAACACAGAAAGAUACGAAUCAAUACAGAAUUGAAAAAAAAAACAUUGUGUCAAAGGACCGGUAAGCAGAAUUCAACAACAAACACACAAACUAGCUCAAUACAUUGUUUUCAUGAUAACACGAAGGGAGACAAUUUGUUUCUAAUCAAUCUUACGGCCGCUUGAGAUCCGUGGGUAACCGAACCUUUUUCAAGAUUUAUUCUGGUAUAAUACGCAAUUGUAUUCCAGCCAGUGAAACACACACUCACACAUGUAUUACACAGCCAUUGCGUGAUUCUCUUUAUGUAAACCAGUGUAAAUGCGUUCAAUGUGUCACAAUGGAAGAGAUUCGUAAAGAUAAGCAUAGAAAUAAGAGUGAGAUGAAUUGAAGGAUUAAUCAUAAUGGAGCAAUCUUAUUGUUAAGAUCAUAUUGUAAACAAAAUGUCGAAAACGAAUAAUUUGGAGCAAACACACACAUACACACACAAGGAUCAUGUAUUUGUUUUAGGCAAGGUCCAAGUUACAUUACACUUGAACACUUCCCAACUUAUUUCAUAAAAGAUUAACUUUAAUUUCGUAAACGGGUUAUCAAAUUUAAACAUUACCGUUGCCAAGCAACAAACCCUAUUGUAUUUCCAGGUAGUGAGUACACAUUGUUCUCAAUUCAUAUCACAAAGAACAUGAGCAUACAAAACAAAAAGAUAACAACGCCCAGUGUAUAUAAGAUUCUAUUCAUUUGGAACUCAGUCCUCCAUCAAUGUAAAAUGCACAAUGUGAAUAAGGUGAGACAAAUUUAUCCACACCAAACAAACAAACAAACAAACAAAAAAUACUAUGCCUAUUUGAAUUGACGGAUUCUUGCCAUUUUUAAGCAUUAUAAGUCAGGCCUUUGCUUUGGUUAUAAAACUCUUUUUUUUUUUGUUUCGCUUAUUAUCAUUUGGCUUUGAUUUGAUAAUUCAAGUUUAUGUCACCAUUUUUAACAAACAUUGGUUCAUAUAUGUUUGUUUAUAGAAUUUUACGGGAAUCAAGCAAGCUGUAUGUGAUUUGAAGUAUAUGUUAUAAUCAUUUCUCAUUUUUACUCUUAAAUUGACUAUAGUUAGAAUUAACGCUUUUCAUUUCGGUUAAGAUUCCGUCAAAAUUCACGUACAGAACAAGCUACAAAGUUAAAACAAUUAUCAGUUCAAAUGCAACCGAGCUGCCUUUCAGACAGUACAAGAAAACAAAGAAGAAAAUAGAAGAAAACAUAUUUUAAGCAUGAAAAUUUAAACAUGUCAUAGAUAUUAAACAUGCUCUUUGUCUGAUUUAGGUAAUGAAAUUUCCAUUAAUAUUAAAUAAAAAAAGAAAACAGUAAACAAAACAUAGAAAUAUGCAACAGAAAUGACGAUAUACCUCAGGUUUUAGAAAGAGUAAAACAAAAUUUUAAAAAAAGAAAGGCAUUUUUACAGUUAGUUGAAUGAGCAUUUUGAACUGGGCGGAAAAAAAUAAACAAAAAAAGCAACACAAUCAACACAUCACUUAUACUCACUUGGUUCAAGUCGGGACGUCGCCACGUUAAUGAAAAAGGAAUAGUUCAAUAAAACGGCAAUUACAAAAUACAUCCAACGACAGCAAACAAAAAACAAAUUUGCAUAGCUUCAAAAGCUCGGCUCAAGAAAAAAAAACAAAUCAAACAUAAGGAUGAAAGUUGUUCAGUUUCAGGUGACAAAUAAAUCAUAGUGAAAUACGACGAAGGCGAAUUUAAAACAAAAAAAAUAGUGGAACACAGUACGAGUACCGUGCAAAACUUGUCAGCUAAAUCACAUUAUGUGCUCUCAACCUUUAAACUUUUAAGUCAACAUAUAUAAAAACAAACACACACACACAUGUUUAAAUGCAAAUACAUAUGUAAGUUAUUCGAGAAAAUCAAAUUGUGAACAUAUAACUAAAAUUUUUAUCGGAUAAUGUUUAAUUAUCAUGUAAUUAUUAUCAAUGUAAGAAAACAAUAAUUACUCAAUAAAAUUUAAUUCUGCAAACUCA